AUGUCGGCCAAAAGCGUGAAAGGUGAAGGCGGUAAGAAGCCGGCCUCGGCCGCCACGAACCUCAUUGCUGGUGGCGGCGCAGGCAUGAUGGAAGCUCUCGUGUGCCAUCCUCUCGACACGAUCAAAGUGCGAAUGCAGCUGUCACGGCGAGGUCGGGCGCCUGGUACGAAGAAGCGAGGCUUUUUGAUGACCGGCAGAGAUAUUGUCAAGAAGGAAACGGUCUUUGGCCUGUAUAAGGGAUUGGGCGCCGUUCUCACGGGUAUCGUCCCCAAGAUGGCCAUUCGAUUCACAAGUUACGAGUGGUACAAGCAGUUACUGGCGGACCAGGAUGGGAAAGUGAGCUCUCAAGCGACCUUUUUAGCUGGACUGGCCGCUGGCGUGACCGAAGCAGUCGCAGUCGUAACGCCCAUGGAAGUCGUCAAGAUCCGCAUGCAAGCGCAAUACCACUCCCUCUCUGAUCCUCUCGAUGUGCCCAAAUAUCGAAGCGCACCUCAUGCCCUCGUAACCGUCCUCCGCGAGGAAGGCGUCGGAGCUCUCUAUCGCGGCGUCUCUCUCACCGCUCUUCGCCAGGGCACGAACCAGGCUGUCAACUUCACCGCCUAUACCGAAUUGAAAGAGUGGCUCCAACGCUUGCAGCCGCAGUACGAGAACCAAAACCUGCCGGGCUAUCAGACAACAGUAAUUGGGCUGAUUUCGGGGGCCAUGGGUCCGUUCUCCAACGCACCCAUCGACACCAUCAAGACAAGACUUCAGAAGACACCUGCUGAGCCGGGGCAGACUGCAAUAUCGCGGAUAGUGAGCAUCUCGGGUGACAUGUUCAAGCAAGAAGGAGCAAGGGCGUUCUACAAGGGUAUCACACCCAGAGUCAUGCGGGUGGCGCCCGGGCAGGCCGUGACCUUCACCGUCUAUGAAUUCCUGAAGAAGAAACUGGAGGACAGCAACCUGGCGUUUGUGGGCGGCAAAUACGAAGAGUGA